AUGCAUUAUCUAAUAAAUGAUGAAACCAUUAACUUUUGGCAAUUUUUAAGUGAUGAAAUACAUUUGACUCCCGGUGAAUUUUUAGCAUAUAAAAGGAGGAGGAAUGAGGAUGAAAUAAAACUCUUUCUUGUCUUAGAAAUAAAAUAUUUGUUUUCUCUGGAGAUAUCAGAGACUGAUACAGCUGAUGUUUUACCACCUGAAGAUGAUACUAAUACACAAUCUGCUCAAACACCUGCAUCAUCAUCUAAAAAAGUAAAAGUCUCAAAAAUUGAUUUAUUUGAUAAAUCUUCGUUUACAAAUGAUGUGUUAUCUAUACUACCGCCUCUACCUGUAGUUGUAGUACCUUCUUCAACCUUCUAUACAUCUAAUCCUUCACCUAAAGAUGUAGUACCUUUUUUUAGUAAAUCAGCUCCUAGUAAAGCAACUUCUAGCAAAAUAACUUUCACUUUUAGUAAAGCAACUUUCAAAAAACUAACCUCUACUAAAGCAAAAUCUAUAGCAUACGAAGAAGCCUCUACAAUACGCAGUAUUUUUUCAACACAUAGUAUUUCCUUAACAUGCAGUAUUUCCUCAGCACGUAAUGCCUCAACAUGCGAUACUUCUACAACAUAUAAAGCUUUUACAAUAUGCGAUACUUCUACAAUAUGCGAAGAACGUAAUUCUAAAGUUGAAAAAGGUGAAAGUAAAGGAAAUAAACGUAAUAAAAAAGCACAAACAGAAUUUUAUCAACAAAAUAAUGUUAAGAAAGUUCACGAAGACUUGUAUAUGCCAAGUGACCUAGAUAAUCCUUCAUCUGAAAUGUAUAUGGAUACACAAUCAGUCCUUGAAGCAAUCUUUGAUGAAAAAUAUAUAUCAACUAAAAUUAAUGCAGAAGUUGUAGAUUCUUAG